UACCUGGCCUUCUGAUUGGCCGGCCUCCCUCCUGUCAACCCUCUGUGUCCUGAUGGUUGUUGCCUUCACCAGUGACUACCCCCUCCUAGUCUUUUUUGUACAUCUCUGUCACAGGAACUGGCUAGUCAGGAAAUCCUUCUUUUCUUCCCCCCUCCUUUUUACACCGCUCUGUUACGAGGAGCGAAUGAAGUUUGGCGGUUGAAGAGAAGUGGGGCCGCCUGCCCCAUCCUCUUUUUCCUGGCCCCGCCUCCCCAUCACAAUUUGCUCGGGCUACUCGUCGCAAGCGGCCCCUCUCUCAACCUCAGUCGCUCUGGUGGGAGCGUAGAGGGUGGUUCUCUGCGUAGGCUGAGAAAGAGCACUGAGGAGACCCCUGUAGACGCCCGCGCGCGUGCGCGCGCUUCCGACUAACGAUGCAGUUUAUGUUGCUUUUUAGUCGUCAGGGGAAGCUGAGACUUCAGAAGUGGUACGUCCCAUUAUCUGACAAAGAAAAGAAGAAAAUCACAAGAGAGCUUGUUCAAACAGUUUUGGCUCGUAAACCGAAAAUGUGCAGCUUUCUCGAGUGGAGAGACCUGAAGAUUGUCUACAAAAGAUAUGCAAGCCUCUACUUCUGCUGUGCCAUUGAAGAUCAGGAUAAUGAGCUAAUAACCCUGGAAAUAAUUCAUCGUUAUGUGGAAUUGCUUGAUAAAUAUUUUGGAAGUGUAUGUGAACUUGAUAUCAUCUUCAAUUUUGAGAAGGCUUAUUUUAUUUUGGAUGAGUUUCUUUUGGGAGGGGAAGUUCAGGAGACAUCAAAGAAAAAUGUUCUUAAAGCCAUUGAACAAGCAGAUCUAUUACAAGAGAGCCAGAAUGAAGACUGGGGAGGUUUGUCUGAGGAUAUCUUAUGAUUAAGAGCAAUCUAAAGCCUUAGCGUUUUGAUCCCCAUCCGUACGAUUGAUUUCCCUUAUCCAUUGACAUAUGUAUGGAACUAACUAUCGUACAUGAAGCCUGCAUGUGAUGAAAUUUCCAGCUGGCAGCUUGCCAUGGUCUAAUGUCAUUUUCCAAGAGGAAAUCCUAGUCCUAGAGUUCAUCAUUGGGAGUUGGUUGUUUAGACAGAACAUGUAGUCCUGUAGUUGGCUACUAGUAUGCCUUCUGCAUUCUUUGUAGGCUAGAGUACAGGGACAUGGACUGCUGAUUUACAGCUAGUGCUACUUCUGUCUUGCUCUGCUGGUGUCCCUUUUUUCUCCCGUCCUCUUUGGUUACCUUCAGUGGUAAUAUGAGUUGGCAUAAAAAUGCCAAAAGCUUUAGCCUAACAAAAUUCCAAAUUGUGCAGAUACAGUUUGAUAGGAUAGAUACCAAUGAUGUGGGGUGGAUUUUUUUUAAGUUCAUAAAAUGAAAUAGUAACAUAAAUUGAUAGAAUACCAGUCAAUUAGGGCAAUUUCAAACAAUAAUUUGAAAUUACACGUGUGCAUUUACAGAGUGUUGGGGGCAUUAAAGAUGCAGUAACUGUUUUCAGUGUGUCUUCAUUGUUUUCUUAAAAUUUACAUUCAGGAUAGACUUUGUCAUGCCUUAAAGUAUUCCAGUAAAAAUAAUGCCAAAGUAAAGUUCUGAAUGCAUUUGAAAAUAACAUUUAAAUCUCAUCAAGUGCACUCUAGGGGGAAAAUCAAUAAUUAAAUAUUUCAAUUCAACUAAUUUUGAAUAUUUGAAAACUUUGAGAAUUUUGCAGCUGGUGGUUGACAUCCGGUGAAGUCAGCCUGCUUGCAAACAGGAUUUUCCUUCCUCUCCUUUUCCCUGCAGUCCCUGUGCACCCUCAAAAUGUUCUCUGGUAGGUCAAGCAGAUUGGAAAGAGCAGAGGGAGAAGUUGUGUCAUGUCUACUGAUAUAAUUAAUAUGGUGUAUUUUUCUUUCUAAAUAUAAGACUAACAUGUUAAAUUGGAUCCCAACUGAUAUUAGAGCAGCAGAAUUUUUUUUUUGGAAACUUUCUAAGAAAACCCAUAUUACUCAUAUAUAAUACACAAUUUUAUAGGACUACCCAGACUAUUCUUUUGCUGGUUAUUGUGCAUGAAAAUCUGUGCAUUCUUUAAAUGAAAAUUCUCAGAAGAAUUCUCAUAAGGACCUGUGGAUUAAUCUCUUCAGAACCAUUUCUCCUCAGAAUAGUUGUAUGAAUGGUCUGAUUCUACAGAAGCUUUUAGGAGAAGUAUGAGAGAAUGUAAGAUCCUGUUAGAUUAUCCUUGAUUGGCAGGAAAUCCCUAAAACCAAGUCUCCAUCUCUGUGUACUUGGAUUAACAGUUAGCUGGCUUGGAAUGUUAAUACAGGUGGUUUUAAAAUGGAUUAAACAGAAUGUGGCCAUUGUGUGACCAGGACAUUUAGAAAUAAUUUGCAAGACCACACUUUAUGGAAAAAAGUAAAGAUUUUAACUCCCAUUAGAUUACAUGUUGCCUAACUAAGAAAACAAAUCAGAGAAAGAAACAAACCUGGUUGUAGUUGCAUCUAACAUCAGAAACUGAACAGUUUGACUACUUUAAUUUCCACACCUCCUUCUCUACUUCUCCCAAAAUGCAAAAUUAGCAUGCUAAAAAUACAAAUUAAAUGUUCUGCCUUUUGUUAAUUCGACUGUCAAUUCUAGUCAGCAGUUUGCAAACAAAGCUCUACCUUCUUUAAUUAAAUUUUGCCACGUGCAAACAAAUAACCAUCUCAAGCUGGAGGUGCAUAUAUAUGCAAAGCACAGUUUUUUAAAUAAAUAAGACUUAGUGAUGUCUGAUUGCCUAUAGUUUGCUAAAUUCUACUACAGUGAUAUGCUUUUUCAAACCCUAAGUAACACGUUCAGUAAUGCAUGUAAUUCAGAAAAUCAGUAUAAAAACAGUGUAAUAGCAUUAACAGUAGUAGCUAUUUUUAAAAAAAAUAUAUUAUUGUAUACAUGCAAACUUUUGUACUGUUUAUAAAGAAU